AUGGGAUAUUGGCGUAGCAACAAGGAUGGAAAUGGGUCUUCUCCAUUCCACCGCCACCGCGAUGGUACUGCUCCUCCUCCGCUGAAUCCCCUCGCCCCGCCUGGGGAGGCUUCAGCAGCCCCCGAAUCUCGACCUGCGAGCUUUACACCGAUGCAGCUUGGUAAUAGUUCAGCCUCAGCUUCCAGAACACCCAGCUCCACUGAACCGGCCGAAGAUAGCAGUGAUGCUAGAGAGAACGAUAUCAAGGGUCUCAAAGCCCAACUUAUGGCCCACUGGAUCCAGGCAAAACAGGAAGAGCGCGUAUGGACCACAGGAGCAGCUGGAGAGGGCGCUUUCAUGAAGCAGUCGAAGGGCAAGUAUGCAUGUGCACCCGAUAACAUCCAGCAUGACGGCAGCGGCCUAUAUCAGGCAGUCACUAAGCUCAACGUCCGGUGCGCUAUGACCAUCAACAACAGUAUCAUCCAGUACAUCUUAGAGCGAAAUACACUGCCCUAUGUCCAAAUUCAGUCUGGUCUUCGCGUACAAGUACUUGCCGACUUCGAGGCACUAUCAGUAGCUCAGACAGCACAGUCAGGCGCGUUCAUCUCUACGCGUGGCAUACUGCUAGUAUGGCAAGAUGAUCCCAAGAUGCUAGUAGAACGCGCCGAGUUCAUCAUCAAUUCCUUGAUGAGAAACUUUUGUGGAGUUGAGUACGGUUAUAGUGCCCAGGAAGAACUUGAAAAGGUUCUAGGAAAAGACCCCGUUCUCGACGUCACAGACUUCGAUGAUGUGUUCGAUAACGGCGAAGGCAGAGUUGAAGAGCCCCGAUAUGUCAUGCUUUGGCAAGCAGUUUACACUGGCAUGUCUAUUUUCCUCCUAACUACGGCUCUCGGGACUGGAUUCAGAGAGAUCGCCAUACAGCAAGCUGAAGACCCCAACUGGCUUCGACUGCUCUUCAUAAUCUGUAUACCUGCCCAAGUCUGGCUCUCGUUGUUUUUCUUCCAAGCCAUAGUUGGUAACAUCGCUCAGAUUAUUGGUCCUAUUGAUCACAUGAUUGAGAACAGCAAAUACUACUCUGGCAAGGCCCCGAAACGAAUCCACUGCGAUACCUUUGGCAAGAAACUCCCGCACGUCACGAUAGAGAUGCCAGUCUUCAAAGAAGGUCUUAGAGCCGUUAUUGAGCCAACUAUCCGCUCGGUCAAGGACGCUAUAUCUACGUACGAGCUACAAGGAGGAAGCGCAAACAUAUUCAUCAACGACGACGGAUUGCAACUUCUCACAGCCGAGGAAUCGACCGAGCGUCAAGAAUUUUAUGACGAACACAAGAUUGGCUGGGUAGCGCGACCUAGACACGACCCGAAAGGAGAGCAUGGGCCGAAGCCAUUCAUUCGCCCUGGUAAAUUCAAGAAGGCAUCCAAUAUGAAUUAUGGACUCAAGAUUAGCUGCAGGAUAGAGGAACUUAUGGACCUCACCACCCGCGGUGAUGAUUGGACCUGUCAACAAGAAAGUGCGCUCUACGCGGAAGCGAUGGAGACUGCCCUAUCUGAGCGUGCGGGCGAAGCUUGGGCUGAUGGCGACAUCCGCAUGGGCGAUUACAUUCUACUUAUCGACUCAGACACUCGGGUUCCCAAGGACUGUCUUCUCGAGGCUGUCAGCGAGAUGGAGCAAUGCCCAGACGUUGGUAUCUUGCAGUUCUCUUCUGGAGUCAUGAACGUUACGCAGAACUUCUUCGAGAACGGCAUCACCUUCUUCACCAACAUGAUCUAUACCCAGAUUCGCUUCGCCGUCGCUGGUGGUGAUGUUGCCCCGUUCGUCGGGCACAACGCCUUUCUCAGGUGGUCUGCGAUGCAGAAAGUUGCCUAUCCAUCCAGCGAAGAACAGGGUGCCAAGUUGGACAUGUUUUGGUCAGAGGAAACCGUUUCUGAAGACUUUGACAUGAGUCUGCGACUCCAAAGUGCUGGAUUCAUCGUUCGACUAGCUGCAUACCAGGGCGAUGGCUUCAAGGAGGGUGUCUCGCUCACUGUCUACGACGAGCUUGCCCGCUGGGAGAAGUACGCAUAUGGCUGUAACGAGCUAAUCUUCAAUCCCAUUGUCAAGUGGCCCAAGAAAGGUCCAUUUAACCGCCUCUUCAUCAUGUUCAUGCGUUCCCGCAUGCCACUCGCUUCCAAGGUUACCAUCAUGGCUUACAUCGGAACAUACUACGCUCUGGCCUGUUCCUGGAUGCUAACUAUGCUCAAUUACUUCCUCAUCGGUUUCCUCAAUGGAUGGUUGGACCAUUAUUAUAUUCACUCAUUCAAAGUCUACUUCGGCAUCAUCAUGAUCUUCACCGUUCUUGGAAAUGUCUCUCUCGCCGUCCUACGCUACCGCAUCAAUGAAGGCAACCUCUUCUAUGGUUACCUUGGAAAUCUCAAAUGGAUCCCCCUUCUCACCGUUUUCCUCGGCGGUAUCUCCCUCCAUAUCUCGCAAGCCAUUCUCUGCCACUUUCUCUCUAUCCCGCUUGAAUGGGGUACCACGUCAAAGGAAAGCGAGCAGAUUGGAUUCUUCCAGGCCAUGACCCGUGUGCUAAAGCGCUUCAAGUGGAGCUUUUUGAUAUGCUUGGCCAUGACGGCGGUCAUGCUUGGGUUGGCGUUUGGACUGGAUGAGGAAUACAGAAUCACGACGCUCAUUGCUGUCUGGCCCAUGGGCACGGUGGUUGUUAAUCACUUUUUGCUGCCGAUUGUGCUGAACCCGCAAUUGAUGACUUUUACUUGGUAA